AAGUAGUAACCGGAAGUAGCCCUUGAAGGCGGCUUCACGCUGCUGGCUCGCUUUAACCGACUGGAAGCAGUACAUUUCGCUUACUUGAAAAUGGCUUCGUCCUUUUGGAAAGGCGUUGUUGGUUUAGGAUUGUUCGCCUUGGCCCAUGCAGCUUUCUCGGCGGCGCAGCAUCGAUCAUACAUGCGACUGACAGAAAAAGAGAAUGAAACUCUUCCAAUAGAUAUAGUAUUACAGACAUUGUUAGCAUUUGUGAUUACAUGUUGUGGAAUAGUCCACAUCUCCGGUGAGUUUAAAGACAUGGACGCAUCUUCAGAGCUUAAACACAAAACAUUUGACACGUUGAGAAACCACCCGUCUUUCUACCUGUUUAAUCACCGAGGCAGGAUGCUCUUCAGCUCACCUGAGCCAGAGGCUCCUACUGCAACUCCUCAGGCUUUGCCGUCCAACCCGCUGAGGUUACGCAAGCUGGAGAACUUUCACUGAGACUAGCCUUGAAACGGGUUCCCCUUGCCUGUUUUGCCGUCUUUUUCUUCCUCUGCAACAGUAAGAUCCUCGGUUGGAAUGGGCAUAUAAACCAUUUUUCCUUUCACUCCUCUCUGUGCAUAUGUCAAUAUGCUGUACAAAUCUGCAUCUCACUACUUUGAAGUCUAUGGACUGUGCCAACUCCUUAUUUUUUUUUUUUUUCCUCCAACUGAUACAUUUGUCUUAAAACGUCUGAAAGAUACACUGUACUCAAUCAGGUGGCACACAGAGAAGGGAAAAGCCAUCCUUCUGUUUCACGAGGGGCCCGAAUCCCAUCUCCUAUACCGUUCAGUUUGCCACAUGACCUGCUGUGCUGCCAUGUUUAACUGAAGUUUUUUCUUCCCCACACCCUUUUCAAAGGAGGUAACUACUAUGGACCAUUAAUUUUACUUGUGUUAAGAUGUGCUAUUUAUGACUGACGGACUACAAAAUAGAUUUUGGUAUGCAAAUAAUGCUAAGGUUAGUGUAAUUACUAAAUUGAUGCCUGGUCUGGGAAAUGAAAAAUAAAGACGUCUAAUAACGCUAACAAUACUGUGAACGCGCUGUGGGAAAUGAAUGGUACAUUUUUUUGGAGGGGGGUGGAUGGGAGUGAAGUUUUUUCCAUUUUGUUUUAUGUUACAGUGCAUCUGAUUAUUUUUAACAAUAAAAUCUGAGAUUUUA